AUGAAGUUCACCGCUGUUACACUCCUCACUCUCGCUGCGGGUGCCUUGGCGGCCCCGGUUGCUGAAGCUGCCCCCGAAGCUGAGGCAGCACCAGGAUAUGCUACCUACGGCGAUUAUAAGGGCGCAGGUGAAGACCUCAAGUCUUAUCCUAGCUACGGAAGCUAUGGCGCAAAGCCAAAGCCAAAGCCUAAGCCUGCUCCGGCUCCUAAGAAGUAUACCGAUUAUGGAAGCUACGACUACAAGAAGUACGGGUCUUAUGGCUCUUAUAAGCGUGAUGAGGUUGAAAAGCGUGAGGCUGCUCCCGAAGCUGCCCCCGAAGCUGCACCUGAAGCUGAAGCCGCUCCUGGAUAUGCCACUUAUGGAGAUUAUAAGGGCGCAGGUGAGGACCUGAAGUCUUAUCCUAGCUAUGGAAGUUACGGCGCAAAGCCCAAGCCUAAGCCCAAGCCUGCUCCGGCUCCUAAGAAGUACACAAAUUACGGAAGCUACGACUAUAAGAAGUACUCAUCUUACGGAUCUUACAAGCGUGAAGCUGAGGCUGAGGCUGAGCCUUCCUCCAAGAAGCCUGCUCCGGCUCCUAAGAAAUAUACCAACUAUGGAUCUUACAACUACAAGAAGUACGGCUCUUAUGGCGCUUACAAGCGUGCCAAGGAGUUUAUCGGCUCUCUCUUCUAA